AUGGCGGCGCAAGGUGUACCCUUUCUUGGUGGUUGGUGCGCUGCUAUCAAGCCGGAUAGGGACCAAGCUGUCGAUGGCGGUUAGCGCGCUUCGCACAAGCCGGUUGGGGGGCAGGUUGCCGGCAACAGUGCAAGGUGCACCCUUUCUUGCAGGUUGACGCGUUGCGCACAAGCCGAUGAGGGGGCAGGUUGCCGAUGGUAUUGCAAUGCGUACCCUCUCUUACAGAUUGCGCACGAUGCGGCCGGUCUACAACAAACUGCAGUGCUCUAUGCUGUGAAGUGGCGGGUUCAAUCCCCUGCACCAAGUUUUUUUGUUCAUAUUUCAUUUGUUUUUUCGCCCCUGUAUUCGAAUCGCUACAAUUUUUACCGUCGGUACAUUCCCGAGCAAACUUCUGAAACAACAUCCCGUGCCCUUGAAUCAUACACAUUGCCAGCAACUCUAGCUUAAACCCAUCUCCGCCCGCGGCUUAUCAUCUCUACCGAGGGUCGUCAACAUCCCAAGUUGCACGAUUACAUGUAAGCGAGAACCAUAAAAGGUACUUCAAAUUGAAACAACACAUAACAUACCCUUCCGAACGUCGUUCUGUAUAUUGAAUGUCCCCCCACAACAGCAUGCCCUCGCACAUGACCGUCAGCGACGUCGAUCAUGGAGACGACCCACAACCCCCGCAACAAACAACCUUUGUUUGUUGUGAGGAAACACCGCUCAGCCGGAGACAACAGCUGCACGUAGCGGCAGCAGUCUUGUCCAAACGCAGAGGUAGAAACGACCGUCUCUCCCGACACGAGACACAGAACCCCCCCCCCGCC